UAUGUCCCCUAUCUCUCUCUCUUCCACUCUGUUCUUCCGCAUCAUACGCCUGUCUCUGCUUUCUCUCUCUAAAAAUCUGUUUUUUGUUUCUUUUUUUUCCAUUCUAAUUCUUCCCAUUUUCUAUAAUCUUUCUAGAAUUUUCACACCCAAAAGUUUUUUUUUUUCUCUUUUCUAUCUAUCUCCGUUGAUUUGAUUUGAACACAGUUGAUUUUCGGCCACAAUUUUCACUUAUUUCUCCGUGUUUGUGUUUCAUGAUUCAUUUCCAAUUCGUUAGUUUCUAAUCUUUUUGUGUCCUUUUGGUUGAAGCUCUCGGGCUCUUGAUUCUCUUCGAGACGCUUUGUCUUGAUUGAAUACAGGGGCUGGAAGCUUCCUGAUUUCUUGAAACUCCAACUGGGGAUUGGUUUUUAUUAAAUUUUCUGAUGCUCUUUUGAAUUUUGUUCAUUGGGUUUCGUGGUUCUUUCAAUCGAAGAAGAUUCCUGAGCUUUGUUUUGUGAAUGUUGUGUCGAUUCCGACUUUAUAGGGAUUUCAUUGUUUAUGAGGAUGAAUAGUUGUUGAGAUGGACAGUUCGGAGACCUAGAUUCUGUAUAUUCUGUUGUAUAAAGGAAGUGGGAAUAUUUUGGUUUUGGAUUCGUUUUGUUGCGAUUCUUUCAUCGAAGUGGCUGAUAAAAUGACUCCCAUUUUGAGUUAUGUUGUGUCUAAAUGGCAAGCGUUGUCCACUUCUGACCACGCCUCUGUUGUUUCCAUUAACUUGUUUGUGGCACUUCUCUGUGCUUGUAUUGUCAUUGGUCAUCUUCUUGAGGAGACCCGGUGGAUGAAUGAGUCCAUCACCGCACUCUUUAUUGGUUUGUUUACUGGAAUCAUCAUUUUACUAGUUAGUGGUGGGAAAAGUUCGCAUCUAUUGCUCUUUAGCGAAGACACGUUCUUCAUUUAUCUUCUGCCUCCGAUUAUAUUCAACGCCGGGUUUCAGGUGAAAAAGAAGCAGUUCUUUGUUAACUUUAUGACCAUUAUGAUGUUUGGCGCAAUUGGUACAUUAGUCUCUUGUUCAGUCAUCUCAUUAGGAGCUUUUCAGUUAUUUAAGAAAAUGGAUGUUGGAUCUCUCGAAAUUGCUGAUAUUUUAGCAAUUGGAGCUAUAUUUGCCGCAACAGAUUCUGUAUGCACGUUGCAGAUAUUAAACCAGGAUGAAACCCCUCUACUUUACAGUCUAGUAUUUGGGGAGGGUGUAGUGAAUGACGCCACAUCUGUGGUGCUUUUCAAUGCAAUUCAGAGCUUAGAUCUCAGUAAAGUUGAUGCAACAGUUGGUUUGCAUUUUAUUGGGAGCUUCUUUUAUUUAUUUUCAACCAGCACUUUACUCGGAGUAUUUGUUGGCUUGCUGAGUGCUUAUGUCAUCAAAAAGUUAUAUUUUGGCAGGCACUCAACAGAUCGUGAGGUUGCUCUUAUGAUACUCAUGGCAUAUCUUUCUUAUAUGCUGGCUGAAUUACUAGAUUUGAGUGGCAUUCUCACGGUGUUCUUUUGUGGAAUUGUAAUGUCACAUUAUACCUGGCAUAAUGUGACUGAGAGCUCAAGAGUUACCACCAAGCAUGCUUUUGCCACCUUAUCCUUCAUUUCUGAGACGUUUAUCUUCGUCUAUGUCGGCAUGGAUGCAUUGGACAUUGAGAAGUGGAGCUUUGUUAGUGAUAGUCCGGGGACAUCAGUUGCUGUGAGCGCAAUAUUACUAGGCCUUGUUAUGGUUGGAAGAGCUGCUUUUGUUUUUCCGUUGUCAUUUAUAUCAAACUUGGCUAAAAAAUCUGCUAGCGAGAAAAUUACCUUCCGGGAACAAGUUAUCAUUUGGUGGGCUGGUCUCAUGAGAGGGGCUGUCUCUAUUGCUUUAGCUUAUCAUCAGUUCACUAGAGCUGGGCACACUCAACUUCGAGGGAAUGCAAUGAUGAUCACCAGUACCAUCACUGUUGUCCUCUUCAGCACGAUGGUGUUUGGAUUAUUGACCAAGCCUCUUAUUAACUGUUUGAUACCUCAACCAAAACACACCACCAGCAUGCUAUCGGACCCUGGGACUCCAAAGUCAUUCUCGGUUCCACUACUUGGAAGUGCACAGGAGUCAGAGCUGGAUCUUCCUCGUCCAAGCAGUAUACGUGCACUCCUUGCGACUCCUACACACACUGUUCAUCGCUACUGGCGAAAGUUCGACGAUGCCUUCAUGCGUCCAAUGUUUGGGGGUCGGGGUUUUGUUCCUUUUGUUCCAGGAUCGCCAACCGAAAGGGGUCGACACUGAGAACAAACCCCCACUCAGGAUGCUUUAAACAAUGUAAGAUAUGUAAAUCAAGAUGGAUAAUUUACUUUGCCAUGUCAAGUUUUCGAGCAGCAGACAAGGGCAGGUGGUGUGUACCGCACGUUUGCUAGGAAUGGCGUGAUGCGGAGCUGAUGGAAUUUGUUGAUUCUCUCUUGCCUGUUUGCUGCCCUCUUAUUUUUGGUACAAAUCGUUAUGGUUUGUUUUUUGUAUUUCGUUGUGAGUAUUUGUUUUGGUAAUAUGACAUUGAUUAGUAUAGUGCGAAGGACAAUAUGGAAAUGGGUUAAAUUUUUGUAUUCUCAUUCUUUUUUAAGAGAGAAAAAUGUGUGAAGUUGGUUAUAGGAUUGUCCCACCUUAGUGCCUUUUUUUCUUUCUGUUUUUGUUUAUGAUAUGAUACAAAUAUUUUGAA